GCCCAAUCUGGCACUGGGAAAAUGGCCACAUUUUCCAUAUCAGUUCUGCAGCAGAUUGAAUUAGAUCUAAAAGCCACCCAGGCCUUGGUCCUAGCACCCACUUGAGAAUUGGCUCAGCAGAUACAGAAGGUGUUCAUGGCACUAGGAGACUACAUGGGUGCCUCCUGUCACACCUGUAUCGGGGGCACCAACGUUCGUGAUGAGGUACAGAAACUGCAGAUGGAAGCUCCCCAUAUAAUUGUGGGUACCCCUGGCCGUGUGUUUGAUAUGCUUAACCGGAGAUACCUGUCUCCCAAAUACAUCAAGAUGUUUGUACUGGACAAAGCUGACAAAAUGUUAAGCCAUGGAUUCAAGGACCAGAUCUACGACAUAUUCCAAAAGCUCAACAGCAACAGCCAGGUAGUUUUGCCGUCAGCUACAGUGCCUUCUGAUGUGCUUGAGGUGACCAAGAAGUUCAUGAGGGACUCCACUUGGAUUCUUGUCAAGAAGGAAGAGUUGACCCUGGAGGGUAUCUGCCAAUUCUACAUCAACACGGAACGAGAAGAGUGGAAGCUGGACACACUGCGUGACUUGUAUGAAACCCUGACCAUCAUCCAGGCAGUCAUCCUCCUCAACACCCGAAGGAAGGUGGACUGGCUUACCGAGAAGAUGCACGCUCAAGAUUCCACUGUCUCUGCCAUGCAUGGAGAUAUGGACCAAAAGGAACAAGACGUGAUCAUGAGGGAGUUUCGUUCUGGCUCUAGCAGAGUUUUGAUUAUCACUGACCUGCUGGCCAGAGGCAUUGAUGUGCAGCAGGUUUCUUUAGUCAUCAACUAUGACCUUCCCACCAACAGGGAAAACUAUAUCCACAGAAACGGUCGAAGUGGACAGUUUGGCCGUAAAAGCGUGGCUAUUAACAUGGUGACAGAAGAAGACAAGAGGACUCUUCGAGACAUCGAGACCUUCUACAACACCUUCGUUGAGGAAAUGCCCCUCAAUGUUGCUGACCUCAUCUGAGGGGCUGUCCUGCUUCCUAGUCCCAGCCAGAGUUCAAUCUUGGGGGGCUGAGGAGCAGCAGGGCUGCGGGAGGGAAGGGAGCCAAGGGAUGGGCAUCUUGUCAUUUUUUUUCUGUGAAUAAAUGUCACUUUUUGAGGCAAAAAAAAAGAA